UCAUUAUUAUGAAGAAAGAAGUUUUCAAAACGAAAAUUUGCUAAAAAAACUUUGCUUUUUUUUUACGGAGCAAUUAGAUUUUUUGGAAAAAUUUUUACAACAUUAACAGAAAUAUUUAAAUAUUAACAAAAUUCAACAAUUCAAAAUUUAGAAACAGGGAAUAGUCCAAUACGGCGAGGCAAUAAAUUUCUAUCAAAAGUCUAAUAAAAAAUCAAGGUUUGUAAAAAACAAAAUAUGACAAUACCAACACGACCCGCACCGCCACCUCCUCAAACAAUUAGUCAGCAACAUCAACAACAAAAUAUAAGUGUAAAUCAAAAUCAUAAUUUAGCCAAAAUAACGAUAACUUUGCCUCCUCCACCUUCAGCGAAAAAUAAAGAUCGUCAGCCAGAUUCAUUGUUAAAUUCUGUCACACAGUGUUACACAUCAUCUUCGGGAAUAACAGCGCGCGAAAAUAACAACUCUAAAACUAAAUCGAUAACACGAAAUUUUCCACAAGCCAAAACUCGGUACGCCCCGAGCACAAGUUGGAAUGGUGUUCCUUUUGAUUCAUCAAUUAGUACAACAAAUACAAAUAAUAGAAAAACCCCACCUCCAAGACCACCUCCGCCUAAACUUGCAAAUUCAAACGAAAACAAAUUUGGGUCUUCAAAUGGUCUACCAAAAACUUCUAGACCGCCACAAUCUGUAAAUGUUUUAUCGAAUUUGUUUGGUAGAAGAAAAUCUCCGUCUAUUUUGGGGAGUAGUCAAAAAUAUCCAACUUCAAAAGGAUCCCAAAUUACAAAUUUACAAGUUUCAAAUCAUAAUCAUUAUAAUAAUGCGUUAGGAUCUGCAAAUAACCUUUUUCCGGAUUGGUCGUCAAAUCAACAAACAUUUUCUCCAACCUUAAAUAAAUCACCAAAUAAUAUUGAUUCGAAUGACGUACAACUAAUAAGUUUUGAUUCCCCACCGAAUUCUCCUACAUUUACACAGAAAUCGAAUAGUGAUUGUGUUAGCGUUGACAGUUUUAGCUCUGAUUCAAAUUUUAGUUCUCCACAUAAUGGAAAUGCUUCCCAGCCAGAAAGCGGAUUUGAAGAUGAUUUCAGUACAGCGAAUGCUUCAGCAAACUCAACCCAACUAACAUCUCCAGUAGAUCCAUGGGAUAUAAUAAAUGAAUCGAAAAACGUCAAUAAUAUUAACAACACUAAUUUUAAUUAUAUGCAUUUAAAUAAUAUGAAAAAUAUUGAUGCCCACCCUAUAAGAAAUUUGCAUAUUCUGCAACGAAAAAAUAAUGAAAAUAAUGUUGCUGGUGCAGUGCACGAGAAAAAUGUAAUUUCAUCUCAACCAAAAUUUGGAAUGCCCACAAUUAUUCGACCAAAGUUACAAAAAGGAGCUGCUCCAAAACCUCCGGGAGUUAUAGUAAAUCAUAAUCAUAUGUCCAAGUUUAUCUCAAAUUUCGAUAAUCCACAGAAUUUGGACGAUCUACAAGACAGUUUUGAAGAUAAUGAUCCACCAAUGCCUACCGGUCCACCACCUCCACCACCUUCCAAUUUAAUAAACUCAGAUUUUGAAAAUGCCGAAAUAAAUUUUGAUAGUAAAUAUGAUAAUUUAGAAAUUGAUAAUUCGCAUGAAAUACCCUAUGGCAUAGCCAUGUAUGAUUUUAAUAGUGAAGAAGUUGGCGAUCUUAAUUUCAAAGAGAAUGAUAAAAUUUAUCUACUUAGCAGAUUAAACGAAGAAUGGUUUAUGGGUAAAAAUAAAAAAGGCUGUGAAGGAAUUUUUCCUUGUAACUAUGUUGAUGUAAAAAUACCGUUAAAAGAAGAAAAAUGUGAGAAAUUAGACAACCAAAAGAAAAGUCAAUUUGCAAAUUCCACAUCUAAUAUUGUAAAAGUUUUGUACACAUUUGAAGCAUCAUACCCAGAAGAUUUAACUAUUUUGGAAAAUCAAAUGGUUAAAAUUUUAUAUCGAAUAAAUGAAGAUUGGCUGUUUGGUGAAAUCAACAAUAAACAGGGGCAAUUUCCAGCAAAUUUUGUAGAAAAAAUUCCAGAUAAUUUAAUGUGCAAAAUGCCUUAGAUUUCUUCCUGAUUUUUGUUGUCUUAAAACUAGUAGUAUGAUGAUAUUAAGACAUUAAAACUAAGAAAAAAAAAUUUCUGUAACUUAAACAAAUUUACUCCUUUUUUUUAUAAAAUUUUACCAAAACAUUUAAAAAAUUUUAUAAGCUCUACACAUUUUUUACAUAUAUUUAAAAUUAGAGUUAAUGUAAUUAAAAAAUGGGAUAAAAUUAAAAAAAUAAUAUGUGCACAUAUUCGGAAUUCCUUUAAUUAUCUUUGAAAUUAAUGAGGUUACGAUUAUAAAAAAAGUGAAUAAUGAAUAUAAUAUUCUCAUUGGAUAUAUGAGCAUAUUUUUUUAUAAUUUAAAAUAUAUACAUAUGUAUGUAUGUGAAGUUUUAGUGAUAAUUGGAUAUACAUAUGUACAUUGAAUUACACAAACUGAUAUUCUAUAAUUAAAAAUUAAUUUAAAUUUUUCAAAUUAAGAACGACUUUUAACGUGUCCUUACGAAAAAUGGAGUAUGCAGUUGUAAUUAUAAAUUACAAAUUUCAUGAAUUUGCAUACUUAGAACAAGUUAAAUAAUGCUAAGGCUAAUAUUAAAAGAAACUGGAAUAUUGCAUAUUUCUUGCACUUCAUUUCAAUAAUUUUUUUUUUUGGAAAAAUUUAAGAAUUUUUUAUUUAAGCAUUACGAAUAUGAAACAAUGUUGUUUCAUAUUCGUAAACCAGAUUUUUUCGAUGAUCUAUAAUAUGCUAAUUGUUUUGUGUAAAUUACAUUGUGUUAUUUAGUUUAUAAUAUGACAAAAGUUUUUUGUAAAUAAAUCAUGAAUUUUCGAGAACUUAAAAAAGAUUUAAAUAAACAUUGUGUACAUUUUUUUUUUC